CAACACUUUGUACAAAAAUUGUAUUGCUUUCACAACACCAACAUGCCACAUGGAGGCCCUCUACUCACGCCACCGACUCCGAAUCAAAUUCUGUUCGCGCGGAACUUUCUGCGCGUGGUGAACAAAAAUGAAGAAUCGAAGGCUCAGAAUCUACUCAUAUCACCCGCUGGCGCACGCAGUGCCCUGACUCUUGUAUUCAUGGCUGCAGGCGGCAAGACUGCGGGCGAAUUGCGCUCAGGACUGUUGCUGGGGCCAGCCAAGAAGAUGACAAUCGCCAAGCAACACGCUGAGUCCAUAAGUAAAGAUUGUGUGUGCAACGAGAAAGGCCCCUCGAUACGCCUGGCAACCGCACUAUAUAUAACGAACGAGCAGGACUUGCAUCCCAACUUUAACUCACAAGCAGGCGAAUUCUUCAAUACUCGAGCAGAUACCUUGAACUUUUUGGAUGCCGUAGGCUCAAUGCAUCAGGUCAAUUCAUGGCUUCAGCGACAAUCCUUUAAUACUGUGCGCAAAUUGCUCACUCCGGAUGCGUUCACCCUGGAGUCUAGGAUUUUCUUGGUCAACACGGUUUACUUUCGAGCCAAGUGGACCAAUAGAUUUCCCGAGAAGAACACCAUGUUAGGAGACUUCACGAUAAGUGCGGAACAGAAAAUGCAGCUUCCUAUGAUGCGACAGAUCGGUGAGUUCCGCUUUGGCGAGUCUAAGAAACUGAACUCGCGUAUUCUCCAACUGCCCUUUGAAGAAUCGGACAUAAGUCUGCUUCUAAUUUUACCAUUGGAAGAAUUGGGAAUUUCGGAACUGGAAUCGAAGCUAGAGAAGCUUGAUUUAAACGAAGUAGCCCAGAAGUCAGUGAUGCAUGAUGUUGACGUUACUCUGCCCAGAUUCAAGAUCGAGUGUGAUGUGGAUCUGAAGGAACCUCUGCAGAAAUUGGGAGUAAAGCGCAUCUUCAAGAACGGGGUCGCCGACUUGAAAGGACUGUUUGCAAAGAAGGCACCGCAUCCUAUCACUGAGGCAAGGCAAAAGCUGUCUAUGAGUAUUAACGAGGCUGGCUGCACAACUGAUAUUGACGAAUCCACUAAAAGUCGAUUUGUCAAAGCCAAUCCGGAGCGCAAAGUCUUCGUAGCUGACCAUCCAUUUGUGUUUGCUAUACGAAACAAUCAAAUCGUUUAUUUUGUGGGUCAUUUUGUCAGGCCCUGAUUAGCUAAAGCGCAUCCUGUAAUUUGCAAAUAAAUCCA